AUGACGCUCCACGGCGACGAGGGCGACCUCGAGGCCGGAGUCGCCGGACACACGCCGGCGCCGCCGGAUCGCCCAGGCAAAACGAAGCAGAAGAGGCGCAGCUGCUGCUGCCGGGUCGCCUGCGCGGCGCUCGUCCUGGUGGUCGCCGUCGCCGCCGUCGCCGGGGCGCUGUACCUGGCGCUGGACCCGAAGCUGCCGCUGUACGCGGUGGAGGUGCUCAACGUGUCGGCCUUCGACAUGGACUACGAGAUGACGGCGCGCGCCAGGUUCGACGCGGACGUGCGGUUCGAGAACCCGAACCGCGCCAUCGGCAUCUCGUACGAGGCCGGGUCCAGCCUCGCGGUGUACUACGGCAGCUACCGGCUGUCGGAGGGCUCGCUGCCGGCGUUCUACCAGGGCCACGGCGACGCCGCCGUGGUGCGCGUGGCGAUGAGCGAGGCGCAGCUGGCGGGCACGGGGGUGGUGGAGGCGAUGCGGCACGUGAACGAGGACGACGGCGAGCUGCCGCUCGUGUUCCGCGGCGUGGUGCCGGUGCGGGUGAAGGUUGGGCGGGUGACGGCGGCGAAGAUGACGCCGAGAAUCAGGUGCGACCUGGUGCUGGACAGGCUCAGCACCGAGGGCGAGAUUAGGGUCAAGAAGAUGAGCUGCAAGAUUAAGCUCUGGUGA